UGUGUGUGCGCGUGUGCCUUCCCCUAGGCGGGUUGAGCGGUGAUGGUAACCACGACUACACAUAAUGAGGAACAGGCAGGCGCAUCUUUUUUAAAGAUAGAUCAAGUGACUUCAAAUACCAAUCCAUGACAGAAGAAGCGUGAACUAUACACACACACACACACACACAUACACAUACAUACACGCACAUACAUACACGCACAUCAUAAUCCAGUUACAUCUCACGCAUCUUCCUAUCACAUCAUUUCAUCAUCCAUCAUUCAGAAGUGUUCUGUGUCUCUAUCCUAAACCCUUAGAAGAAGAAAAAAGUCGUGAUAGAUUUUACUUGCAUCACCACCACCACCGCUACUACUACUAAUUACUGCUUUCUUCAAUAUUAUCAUCAUCUUGGUACUGAAUAAUUGCAAGAAAAAGUAUCAGCACAAAGCAUAUAACAAAAUAACAUGGACAAUACCGACCAUCCCACUCCCACCCCAACAAGACGUACCCUCUUCAAAAGACGCCACUUAUCUAUAAAAUCCCGGAUCCCCCUCUCCAAUAAAUCAAAUCUCACUACCAAGCUCACCCAAGAUAAAUGUCCCCUUGGUCCCGAAUGGGAUCAAAAGGACUCUUCCGAAGGCACACCUAGCUCUCAUGCGUCGAUACCAAAUGCAACCUGGGUGCCCCAAUCGAGCGGUAGCUCACCAAAGUCGACCCCUCGCCGCCAAGUCACAUCGACCCCGUCUUUACCAAACGCGCCGCCAUCUACGGUGGUAGGUAGUGGUAGCGGUAGCGGUAGCGGUAGACCCGUCACUCCACCGACGUCAUGUUCCGCGCCUAUAGAUCCCAGCUCGGAGUCUCCGCUCUCCCGGAUCGAAGCGUUCGAGACGCCGUUCCUGUACGGCCACGGCACUGAGCUCGCACCUAUCGCCGAGCAGCGCAGCAUAGCGACCUUGCGCAGCACGGCCGGCGGUGGAGCUAGUAGCGGCACCGUGUCGACGUCGGAUAUCUCCUCGCUGCUGAAGCAUAAGGAAUCUAAGACAAGUGUCAAGAGCCGUAGGAGCCGUACCGAAUCACCGCCGAGGCGCCAACUACGCCGGCAGCCCUCGUUUACUUUUAACGAGCUGCCCCAUCUUUACAGUACUCCCGCUACAACUAACACAAGCGGCGAAGACCAACCCAGUGGCGGUAAGAGUGGCGCAAAUAACGAAUCUUCCGGUACCUUUGACGAUACCGGCGCCGGUACCAGUAGCGGCAGCAGUCACAGUGAAAGCGGUGUUAGGAUACCCCGUCUCCGCAACACCAGCAAGCGGCACUCGCCUCCGGCUGUCGAGUCCGUCGACAUCCACGCAUACCCGCAUAAACCCGAGUACCCGCCCCCCAACAUCCGGCAUCCAAGCGAAUAUGGAGAGAUACCCCUGGAAAUGGCACUGAGGAGUCAGUACGUGAUGAUGGAAGCCUCGUUACGCCACACCGAUACAGGCCCCGCCGGCCCAAACACAUAUCCUGCCGUACCGUCGCUGCCUUACUCCCAUACCAGACACCGCGUGCGUCGGGUCUGCAAGGCUUGCGGCCGGCCGUUAGAUCAGCAUUGGAGCCUCUCGUCGACGAUCAUUGGCUCUGGACGAGGUCAAAGGCGCGGGUCGAGUUGGUGCUCAAGGUGCGCCUUGCGGAAAGUUAAGCGUGCUCUGUGCUGCUGCAACCAAGGGUUCCAUGCAUAUCCGAUAUGAGAGAUAUUAGUUCUAAAACGCAAGUUUAUUUGUUUGUUUUUUCUAUCCUCUCUCGAGGACCACAAGGCGUUUGACGUAGACAAAAUGAGGGGACCAGGGAAAUAUUAGAAGGCAACUUAGACGGCGUCUGCUUCAAAGCUUGUUUUUCUCUUCAUCUUUCCCCCUUUGAAUAAUCAUUGUAUGAUCUUUU